CUCGGUGGGAUUUCUGAGGAGGGCUAUUCUGACUUCAUCUAGGCCCACCAUGAGGUUCUUCCUGCCCUGUGCCUACACGCUGCUCCUGAUGAUUCCCCAGUUACGGGCAGUCAGUUUUCCUGAAGAUGAUGAGCCUCUCAAUACUGUUGACUAUCACUAUUCGAGGCAAUAUCCGGUUUUUAGAGGACGCCCUUCAGGCAAUGAAUCGCAGCACAGGCUGGACUUUCAGCUGAUGUUGAAAAUUCGAGACACACUUUAUAUUGCUGGCAGGGAUCAAGUUUAUACAGUGAACUUAAAUGAAAUCCCCAAAACAGAAGUAAUACCAAGCAAGAAAUUGACAUGGCGGUCAAGACAACAGGACCGAGAAAACUGUGCUAUGAAAGGCAAACAUAAAGAUGAAUGCCACAACUUUAUCAAAGUAUUUGUUCCAAGAAAUGAUGAGAUGGUUUUUGUUUGUGGUACCAAUGCGUUCAAUCCCAUGUGUAGAUACUAUAGGUUGAAUACCUUAGAGUAUGAUGGGGAAGAAAUUAGUGGCCUGGCAAGAUGCCCAUUUGAUGCCAGACAAACCAAUGUCGCCCUCUUUGCUGAUGGGAAGCUGUAUUCGGCCACAGUGGCUGACUUCUUGGCCAGUGAUGCAGUUAUUUAUCGAAGCAUGGGUGAUGGAUCUGCCCUUCGCACAAUAAAAUACGAUUCCAAAUGGAUAAAAGAGCCGCACUUUCUUCAUGCCAUAGAAUAUGGAAACUAUGUCUAUUUCUUCUUUCGAGAAAUUGCUGUAGAACAUAAUAAUUUAGGCAAGGCUGUAUAUUCCCGGGUGGCCCGCAUAUGUAAGAACGACAUGGGUGGCUCCCAGCGGGUCCUGGAGAAACACUGGACUUCAUUUCUGAAAGCUCGGCUUAACUGUUCUGUCCCUGGAGAUUCGUUUUUCUACUUUGAUGUUCUGCAGUCUAUCACAGACAUAAUACAAAUCAAUGGCAUCCCCACUGUGGUCGGGGUGUUCACUACACAGCUCAACAGCAUUCCUGGUUCUGCAGUCUGUGCAUUUAGCAUGGAUGACAUUGAAAAAGUAUUCAAAGGAAGAUUUAAAGAACAGAAAACUCCAGAUUCUGUUUGGACAGCAGUCCCCGAAGACAAAGUACCAAAGCCAAGGCCUGGGUGUUGUGCAAAACAUGGCCUUGCAGAGGCUUUUAAAACCUCCAUCGAUUUCCCGGAUGAAACCCUGUCGUUCAUCAAAUCCCACCCCCUGAUGGACUCUGCCGUUCCUCCCAUCGCCGAUGAGCCCUGGUUCACGAAGACUCGGGUCAGGUACAGAUUGACGGCCAUCGCAGUGGACCGGACCGCCGGGCCCCACCAGAACUACACAAUCAUCUUUGUUGGCUCUGAAGCUGGUGUGGUACUUAAAGUUUUGGCAAAGACCAGUCCCUUCUCUUUGAAUGACAGCGUAUUACUGGAAGAGAUUGAAGCUUACAACCAUGCAAAGUGCAGUGCUGAAAGCGAGGAGGACAAAAGGGUCAUCUCAUUACAGUUGGAUAAAGAUCACCACGUUCUGUACGUGGCGUUCUCUAGCUGUGUCGUCCGCAUCCCCCUCAGUCGCUGUGAGCGUUAUGGAUCAUGUAAAAAGUCUUGUAUUGCAUCCCGUGACCCAUACUGUGGCUGGUUGAGCCAGGGAUCCUGUGGUAGAGUCACCCCAGGGAUACCUGCUGGAGGAUAUGAACAAGACACAGAGUUCGGCACCACGGCCCACCUAGGGGACUGCAACGAAAUUUUGCCUACUUCAACUACACCAGAUUACAAAAUAUUUGGCGGUCCAACAUCUGACAUGGAGGUAUCUUCAUCUUCUGUUACCACAAUGGCAAGUAUCCCAGAAAUUACACCUAAAGUGGUUGAUACCUGGAACCCUAAACUGACGAGCUCCCGGAAAUUUGUAGUUCAAGAUGACCCAAACACUUCUGAUUUUACUGAUUCUUUAUCAGGUAUCCCAAAGGGUGUACGAUGGGAAGUGCAGUCUGGAGAGUCCAACCAGAUGGUCCACAUGAAUGUUCUCAUCACCUGUGUCUUUGCCGCUUUUGUUUUGGGUGCGUUCAUUGCAGGUGUGGCAGUAUACUGCUAUCGAGACAUGUUCGUUCGGAAAAACAGAAAGAUCCAUAAAGAUGCAGAAUCUGCCCAGUCGUGCACAGACUCCAGUGGAAGUUUUGCCAAACUCAAUGGUCUCUUUGACAGCCCAGUCAAGGAAUACCAACAGAACAUUGAUUCUCCUAAAUUGUAUAGUAACCUGCUGACCAGUCGGAAAGAGCUGCCACCCAAUGCAGAUACUAAAUCCAUGGUGAUGGACCAUCGAGGCCAACCUCCAGAGCUGGCUGCUCUCCCCACACCUGAGUCUACACCUGUGCUCCACCAGAAGACCCUGCAAGCCAUGAAGAGCCAUUCAGACAAGGCCCACAGCCAUGGGGCUUCAAGAAAAGAAACCCCCCAGUUUUUUCCUUCUAGUCCUCCCCCCCAUUCCCCAUUAAGUCACGGUCACAUCCCCAGUGCUAUUGUUCUUCCUAACGCUACCCAUGACUACAACACAUCUUUCUCAAAUUCCAAUGCUCACAAAGCUGAAAAGAAGCUUCAAAAUAUUGAUCACCCUCUUACAAAGUCAUCCAGUAAGAGAGAUCACCGGCGUUCUGUGGAUUCCAGAAAUACCCUCAAUGAUCUCCUGAAGCAUCUAAAUGACCCAAAUAGUAACCCCAAAGCCAUCAUGGGAGACAUCCAAAUGGCCCACCAGACCCUAAUGCUGGAUCCUGUGGGACCUAUGUCCGAGGUCCCACCUAAGGUCCCUAACCGGGAGGCAUCGCUUUACUCCCCUCCUUCGACUCUCCCCAGAAAUAGCCCAACCAAGCGAGUGGAUGUCCCCACCACUCCUGGAGUCCCAAUGACUUCUCUGGAAAGACAAAGGGGUUAUCACAAAAAUUCCUCACAGAGGCACUCUAUCUCUGCUAUGCCUAAAAACUUAAACUCACCCAAUGGUGUCUUGUUAUCUAGACAGCCUAGUAUGAACCGUGGAGGAUAUAUGCCCACCCCCACAGGGGCGAAGGUGGACUAUAUUCAGGGGACACCAGUGAGUGUUCAUCUGCAGCCUUCUCUCUCCAGACAGAGCAGCUAUACCAGUAAUGGCACCCUUCCUAGGACGGGACUAAAGAGGACACCGUCCUUAAAACCUGAUGUGCCACCAAAGCCUUCCUUUGUUCCUCAAACCACAUCUGUCAGACCACUGAACAAAUACACUUACUAGGCCUCAGUGUGCUCUUCCCCAUGGCUCUAUCCUGUCCGUGUUGUUGAGAAGAUGACAUGGUAAGUGUACAUUAAGACGAGAGACUCACUUGUAUUUUAAGAGAACCAAGUGGCCAAAGAAACUGUUUCUAACUUUGGCAGCAUCAGAACUUGCCACAUGUAGCUACUGCAGCAAGGCUUCCGUGCACUUGCCUGAAAACAAAGGAAGGUGCUGGUCAUGACAUUUCUUUUGUUUGAAGCUAAAGAGAUGAGUAGCUCCAAGGGGCUACCUUACCAGUGUAAAGAGCUGAUUUGGUACUCAGAAGAAUCUGUGAACAAAUACUUGAAAAUGGGUUCAAUUUAGACUGCCGUUAUGCGUGGUCUUCCCAUUAAAUGUGAACAUUUUAAUAUGUAUGCAUUCACCUUGCCUCUUGCACAAAUGUCAAAAAAAGAUGGUAAUAUCUCAAAGAAACGAACUUGUAGAUUACCAAGCAGUUUGCUAAAAAUUCAGUCUUUGACCCAAACAGUAGCAUUUUUUUUUCCCAUGUGUGGCAUUUUUUUCAUGCCACCAAAAAACUGUGUUGCAAGUGUGUGUUUGCGUGUGUGUGUGUGUGUGUGUGUGUGUGUGUGCUGUACCCACUAUGAUUUGUUUAGAUGCCUGUUGCAUCUUUUGUGCUAUGGAGUUGUUUACACUGAGCAUGACUGAACAAGAGACAAUAACUUCUUCCCACAGCAGUCCAUUGGGUUCAGCUUUGAGAAAGGAAUAACAUUGAGGAUCCUUUGACUGUCGAAAUGAUGAACUUGAUGUAUGUGAAACCAAUGCCAGAAUGUAAGAGUCCCAAGUAAUUUCGUGCUGCUAUUCAUUAUAACUUCUAUUCCAGUCUUUCCAGCUUAAGGAGAUAGAGCUAUUAAGCGGUAUUCUUGAUUUAUCCACCAGUAUUCAAUAGUAAAACUACCUGUCCACUGUGAAUCAAAGCCUGAGUCACUCUAUUUAACCUUGGACACAAUAAUAAGUUUUAAUUUUGAUUGUUUGGCUUUUUUCCCAUGUAGUAAAAUUUAUCCUUUAACUCCUCCUACCCCCAAGGUAAACAAAAACAAAACAAGAUAAAAGAAAGAUGUAUGAAAGGAAUUAUAAUUGGCUUGACAGAAACAGUCUGUGAAACUUAACAGUGGUGCAAUCACGUUGUCUAUGUUGUGUUAUGUGAGAAUCUUCUCCUAAGUCAUGCAGGUAAUGACAAUAUACUGUAAAUACCACAUGUGAGUUUACCUGAAUCUGUGCAUUUUGUGCCUUAUUCAUGAGAAUGAUAGAAGUACUAAAAUAUGUCCAGUGUUUUCAAUAUAGCACAUCAUUUACUGAGUGCCUGUUGUAAAUGUUUUUCAACCAGCACCCAAAAAGACUUUUAAAAAAUCAUAAAACAACCUAGGACAAUUAAUUGUUGAAUCAUCCACCCAAAUAGCAGCAUUACAUUCUUUGCCAUGAUAAACAUUCCAUUUCUGCCUUCAUAAGGAUGAAACAGUGAUAAUGUGAAGUCAAAUGAGGUUUCCUGGGUUAUGUGACACCUGCAGAAAUCGUAUAGAGUUAUUUAUACGUAAUUUGGCAGAAACCACUUACAGCUGAUGAUGUGCAACCCUGAUGACUGUUUCAGUUCAUAUGCUGCACACCACACAAUUGUUUCUUGAACUUACUCUAGAAAGUACCAAGGCAGAGGAAUGCUCCUGUCUGAGACAAAAAAAAAAAAAAUCAACUGAUUUCUUGUGAUAACGCUGACGAUAUAUAUUGCUUGGGGGAGGACAGGUUGCAGAAAACCAGACCAUUUUUUAUACAGAAUGUAGAAUAUUGAUACAGUUAUUCUUUUCCUUUGAGAAUGUUGUUUUCUCAAGAACAUGAUUUCCUGUGAUCUCUGGAGACUCAAAAGCUAAAACUUGUUCUUGAAACACUUCAGCUUUGCAACUAAAAUAUUACAGAUUAAUAAUAAAUUAAACCAACCAAUGAUAAACACUACUCGGUCCACCAACAAGAAAUGUGUGUUUGAAAUCACUUUACCAAUAUUAAUCCCAGCGUGUGUAAAACGGACCAGUAACUCUGUGUGCCCCAAUAACAUUUUGUAACAUUGUGCUGCCUUGUAGUUUGUAACGUGACUUCUAUCAGUAUUUAUGUUGAAAUUUCUAACAUUAAAUCUAGUCUUUAUCCUGUUAAUUUAAUUUUUUAAACGCUUUAUCCAUUUGUGCAAAGGUAAACACAGAUUGUAUCUUUUUUAAUGGUACGGCAUAAAAAGUAACCCUAAAGUGAAGUGGCUCUAUACUGUUUUAUAGAGUACUUUAACAUGUGUAGAUAUCUUGUAAACUUGUAUUGUGGAGGUGUAAAUAAUAUGUACUUUGGGUUUUUAACACCGCAUGUAAAGUCAAAAUAAAAUAUUCAAAUCAUUA